UGAACGACUCUCCCCGCCGCUCGAACCCGUCAUUCACGUUCCGUGCACGUCUCACGGAGCUUAUCGCCCGACUCUAUCUCAUACGUCAACCUUCAUGAGACCCGUCAUCACACCGCAUUGGCCUUGAUAUGUCGGACUCUGUGGAUAGAGUCUUCAGCCAUGCCCUCAACACCGUCAACAAGAUACGGAUUGGCUCGGAAAAGCCGCCGGCUGCCAUCCGACUGAAGCUUUACGGCUUGUACAAACAGAGCAUGGAGGGAGAUGUCGACGGUAUCAUGGACCAACCAGAAGGCACUGGAGAGGAGACACACAGAGCGCGCGAGAAAUGGGAAGCCUGGAAACAGCAAAACGGCCUCUCGCGCACCGAGGCAAAGCGCCGCUACAUCACGACUCUCAUAGACACUAUGCACAAAUACGCCUCUCCAACCCCGGACGCGCGCGAGCUUGUCGCCGAGCUUGAGUUUGUGUGGGACCAGGUCAAAUCGAACGUGCCCUCUUCAUCCUCCUCGUCGCCUCUGCGUAAUUUGGGAGCAGUGCCUGGUCCCCCGCACUCUUACCCGCACUUUGGCUCUUCACGCGCUUCGGCCGAUUACCCCCAGCAAUCACGGGUGAGGGCGUCACAAAUGCGAGUACUGAGCCCGCCUCUACCGGGUGAAGAAGAAAAUCCCGACAAAGAGGAGUUCGUCAACGUUCACGACCCUCAGAAUGCUGGCAACGAAGAACACCUGGAUAACGGCGGCAAUAUUCGAGAACGCCUAGCCUCGCAAUCAAGGCCUACUAGCGACCAGAAAUGGCGAUGUCGCGUGGAGCUGGCCCUUGUCAAAAUGACUGCCGAAGUAGCUGCACUGCGCGAACAACUCGAGUCUCGACGCCUCUUUAAUCACUCGAAGAAACACAGACUUAUCGCCUGGAUCGGUUGGUUUUGCUGGUUCUCGGUGAAGCUGAUUGCGGCAGAUAUGAUCAUUCUAGGAAUAAUAUUGCUGUGGAUGCGAAGGAAGAGGGACAGACGGUUGGAAGGCGCAAUACGUGUUUUAUUGGGCGAUGCUGUGGUGCAGAUGCAGAAAGUUGGCAGUGCCCAGGUGGCAAAAAUGGGAAAGAUCGAGCUGCCCAAGCUGCCUUCGAGGAAGAGCUGAGGUCUUUGUUGGCACCACUCGCUGUUGGCUCGCUAUCUGGUUCUGCUACCUGAGAGCCGCUUGGGGGCCCAGAGGUCACUAAGGAAAUAAUGCUGCGGUCCUGUACUAGUUCCGAGGAGUUUUGGGGUUUUCACGAUAUUCGAUACCUAGGAGUUGAAACAGUCUUGCCGAUUUUGAGUUUGGACAUGCGAUGGGAGCUGUUUGAACUUACUCGCAUACACGGGUCCCGCAGAAGGCCAAUUUUCUGAUCUCAUGAAGCUUGUGUGUUUCUGAGUGCGUUAGUUGGAGAUGAGAACGUUGGCACUGCGUUGCUUGUGUUGUGUUUAUACAGGUUGCCGACAGUAUUUUUGGUAAGCAACAACUGAAUAUAGCAGUUUUAAAUAUUAAACAACAGUAC